AUUUCUGUGUGGUUGGGAAUGUGUUGGUGGGGUUAUUUCCAGCUCGGGGCCAGUGAGGGCGACGGGCGCGCAGGCCCGUGUUCUCUGCGAGUACAUGACCGGUCCUUAGGACCCAGCGCGUCCUCUUUGUCUCCCGCGGGCGCGGGCCCGACAGAGAGGGGUGGGGGAGGGAGGGGGCGGGGCCGUCCCCGCGCGCGCCGCCGAGGGGCAGGGCCCCCUGGCCCCCGCCCCCUUCCCACGCGCCGGCCCUGUCGCCCCCGCGCGCGCACACUCGCGAGCCCAGGCGACAUGCAAAUGAGGUGGAAACUGGCCCAGAGAAGCAAAGUCACUUGUUCAUUAGCGGCAGAGCUGGAGUCUGCCCCAGGUGUAAGGGACUCCAUGAGGUCCCCUUGUCUCCUUGGGUCCAUGACUUUUCACUCCCUGGACCGUUGGGGUCCUUGAGAUCUGGUUUGGGUCUUGGUCCUUCUGCUUACUGGCAGAGAGGGCUUGGACAACUGACUUGGCUUUCCUGUGCCUCCGUUUCCCCAGUUGCAAAGUGGGGGUGAUGUACCAUUAUUCAGAGGGUUGGAGUGAAGCUUAGCCACUCACCAGGAUAUCUCGAGGCACUGGUGUGCACUGAGCACUCUGUGUGUUAUCCUCAUGACAUGUCUGUGUGAAUAGGUGCAAGCAUUCGUCCUGUUUUGCAAAAGGCUUAACUGAGGCUCAGAGAGAUGAGCACUUUGCCCCAGAGCACACAGAGACUGAGCAGCAGACCUCGGCACUGAACUCAGAACUCUGACUUGGGAGCCCACACUUAACAGUGCUGGCACAUUUCUUCAUCCAUGACUCGGAGCCAAACUUCAGCUGCGACCAGUCCCUUUCUUCUUCUAGUCCUGAACUCCCACUCCUCUCACUCUGCCAAUCAGAAGCGGCACAAAACAUCUCUGGGCCUCCAUGGCUCACAUGUAGUGGGCUCUUUGCUUUGAGGAUCGAAAUACUGGCCCCUACCCUUAGUUGGACUCUAUUCUAUUCUCCCAUGAAGAUUUUUUUUUCCUUUUGGCUCAAGUUGACCCUGAACUUCUAGGACAAGAGUUAGGGAGGCUUAGGGCACAUCUGUGUGACCUCUGUACCAACCGGUACAGAAUUGCCUUGCUCUUUUACCCACCAGUGUGGCUCUAAUUGUCCAGGUGAAUGUCCACCAUGCCCAGGUGAAGAGACACAGACCAAGGGAUGGGCGAGGUGUUGGGGGACAAGGGAUGCCCCAGACCCUCCCUGCACUGACGGCUGCCCCCUCUCUCCUCUUAGCCCGGCUCCAGUGCCCAGACCCAAGCCCCCCACUGCUCAAUGGACACCCCCAGCCCAGACCCGUUGCCUUCGCCUUUGCCGGGGGAGGAAGAGAAACCUCUGGCUUUACCUCCUCCUGUUCCCCGGGGACGCCGAGGCCGGUGUCCCGGGGGGGCCACCUCCUCGAAUUGGACACUCAAGGCCACCCUCCCUCGCAAGCGGGGCCGCCCCACCAAGUCAGGGCAGGAGCCCCCACUGGCACAGGGGGUGACAGCCCCUGUGGGCGGCAGCAGUGGCAGCGACCUCCUGUUGAUCGAUGAUCAGGGUGUGCCCUAUACGGUCUCUGAGGGGUCAGCGGCAGGUUUGCCUGGGGGCUCUGGCCCUAAGAAGGCCCCACACUUCUGCCCUGUGUGCCUGCGGGCCUUCCCUUACCUCUCCGACCUGGAGCGCCACAGCAUCUCGCACUCAGAGCUGAAGCCCCAUGAGUGCAAGGAUUGCGGCAAGACCUUCAAGCGGUCCAGCCACCUGCGGCGGCAUUGCAACAUCCAUGCCGGCCUCCGGCCCUUCCGCUGCCCUCUCUGCCCUCGCCGCUUCCGCGAGGCAGGCGAGCUGGCCCACCACCACCGUGUCCACUCUGGGGAACGCCCUUACCAGUGCCCUGUCUGCCGGCUGCGCUUCACGGAGGCCAACACGCUCCGGCGCCAUGCCAAACGCAAGCACCCUGAAGCCAUGGGGGUGCCCCUGUGUUCCCCGGACACAGGGCCUGAACCGCCGUGGGACGACGAGGGCAUUCCAGCUACGGCGGGGGCCGAGGAGGAGGUGGAGGAGCUGGAGGGGAAAGAGCUGGCUUGACCCACACCCUCGGCUACCGCUGCCGAGGUCACAUGUGGAGCUGGGGUCUCGGCUGGUGCUGAGCCUGGGCAGGAAAGCUGGCACACCCUCAAACCUGGUGGUCUUCCCGUUGUGGGAGGGGGUCGAGGGUGAGGACCUAAACUCCUGGGUCCUGCUGCCUUCUGCCACCCUCCCCGGGACUGACAGGCCCCUGGGGGCAGGGACCUUGGAAAUAAAUCUCUGCCUACUGGC